AUGAUCGGCCAGCAGAUCGCCGACGAGAACGCGUCCGUCGCGGGCAAGAGGCCCCCGGCAGCGGCGCGCGGCCUCGGUGGGAAGGCCAAGGGCCUCAACCGCGACAAGGCGGGCGCGUCCUCCGACGCGCCCGCCAAGCUCGCCCAAAAGCCCGCCUCGCUCCAGACCUCGUGCGCGGGCGCCUCCACUGCUCCGGCCGACCUGCCGUCCGACCUGCCUCCGGUCGAGCACUACCCGCCGGCCUGCGAGGAGGAGCCGGCGCUGCCGACCUUCGACCGCUCGGGCAUCGUGCCCGAGGAGAGCGUCGCGGCGGCGCUCGCCGCGGGGCGCGAUUGCCGCCCUCUCAUCGGCAGCCGCACGCCGUCGCGCACGUCAUUGGCGCUCUCACCCUCGGCGACGCCGGGCCGGCUCGCUGGGCUGAUCGAGGCGGGGCCGACGCCGGCACGGCCGUUCCUCGCCGACGCCCUCGACGCUGCGGGCGCUUGCUGGACCGAGGCGCACCACCCCCCCACCCUGCCGUCCCCACGCGCGCUAGCAACAGGAGCCUCACGGGCCGCCCCGCAGGCCGAGCAGCUUGAGGCUGCGCUCGCAAUCUCUCUGAGCGACUACGCCGCCGAAGGCGGCGGUGACACCGCGGGGGGCUGGCCGGUCGACGGCCCGACCGACGGGCAGGCCGCCGCGCACCAAGGCGACUGCCUCGACGCGCUCUGGACUCCGAUCGACUUUGACGCGCUGCGGCUAAAUGUGGCCGAGGCCGAGGCGGAGGCCACCGCCCCGCCGGCUGCGAGCGCACCACAGAUGGGCGUCCCGGAGCUCGGCAGGUGA